AUGUCGUCCAACGAAAUUUCUGAUAUUGUCGCUGCUACGAGAUCCCGCUCCUCCUCCGCCUCUGAAUCUGAGACGGAAGCGAAGAUGCAGAUUUUCAUCAAGCCAAUCACUGGCGAGACCUUCUCACUCAGCAUUCCUGCCUCGACUCCCAUCGGAACGCUUCGUACUCUUCUGGCGCUUCGCACCAACACACCCGAGAAGACCCUCCGCAUCCUCCAUGACAGCAAACAGCUCUCGACGCUCAGCGAGACCCUCGAGUCAUAUAAGGUCACGGCCGGCAGCACACUUCAAAUGGCGCUUCCGCCGCCAGCGCCCGCCUCCACCUCCAAGCGUCCGCGAUGCAACUUCAAGGAUUGCCGAGAUGCCGCCCAACGCAUAGUCGGUGACUGUGGGUUCUGCGCGGGAAAAUUCUGCCCCAAACACCGCAUGCUUGAGGCCCACAUGUGCCCCAAGCUUGCUGCAUGCAAGGCGGAAGAGAAGGAGCGGAACCGGGAGAAGCUCGAAAGCGAGCGCACAUACGCCAUCCGUGGACUAUGA